GGACAACCAUCACCCGUGUCCACAAUGCAGGUGAUUCAUGCUAUGAAAACAGAAGAGGUUUCUGAUAUCUACCAGGUCAUCAAGCGCCUGGGUCAAGGGAGCUUUGGUAGGGUCUUGCUUGCCCAAGACAAGAAAACAGGGGAACCUGUGGCCAUCAAGCUGGUGAGGAAGGACAGAAUCACGCUGAAAGAUUUUGUCAAAGAGCUUUCCAUAUCAAUUUCUCUCUCCGGCUACCAUGGGAUCAUAGCCACCUACCCAAUGUUCUAUAACACUAUGGACUACUACAUCAUGACCCAGGAGCUGGCGACUGCAGGGACCCUCCAUCACCUUAUCAAAACCAAGGUCGGCAUUCCAGAGGACGCAGUAAAGCGUUGUGCAGCACAGCUGUCCAGAGCUCUGGAUUACGUGCAUGGUAGAGGAUUGGUACACAUGGACCUGAAGCCUGACAACGUGUUCCUCAUGGACAGAGACUGCUAUAACGUCAAACUGGGCGACUUCGGCUUAACUCAGAAAGUGGGCAAACUUGUGUCAUUGCAGUCGCACAUUAUCCCCUAUAUGUCCCCGGAGAUGUGCGACUUGAAGCCUGAUCAGUACUUGAUACUUUCUCCCAGUGUUGAUACCUGGGCACUUGGCAUUCUCCUGUACAAUGCAUUAACAGGAUACAGCCCCUGGAAGGAAGCUGUGGAAGGAGACACAAGGUUCCAUGCCUAUGUCUACUGGCAGGAGCACAUAGACCAAGUUCCUCCACCAGUGUCCUGGCAGAAAUUUACAAGAGAAGCCUUAGACAUGUUUAACAAACUCCUGUCAUGUGAAUAUUCUGCCCGGCCGUCCAUUCUUUGUGUGCUGAACUAUCUCCGUUGUCCAUGGACAGUUCAAUACCUUUCCUGAGAAGAGGCUGAGGUUGCAGGAGAGGAAGUGGGUGGGAGGACUACUAGCAGUAGGAGUGUAUUCAUACAGGACCUGGAGACCAAUACAGCAAAUCAUGGAAUGGACCCUUUUUCCUAGUAUACACGACCCUGACUCGUGCGUCCAAUGCACACCACAUAACAUGGACCAGUCCGGAAGCAUCUUACGGCCAUGUGCUCAAACCCUGGUGCAAAAUACGCAACUGUAGGUGGUCACUUUGGAUUGGCUGAAAGUGCCUUGAUCCCUCCCACUAAUACUGUUACUGAUAAGUGCAGCUACUGUGGUCUUCUUCAGUGGUUCCCAAACAUGGCCUUCAAGGCAUCCCUACAGCCCAGGUUUUAAGGAUAUCCAUGCUUUGUCACAGGUGACGUAACUUAGUACCUGUCAGUUUGAUUAUUCAUCUGUGUACAAGCAGAUAUAUUCCUAAAACCUGGACUAUUGGGGUGCAUUGAGGACCGUGUUUGGGAACCAUUGGUCUAUUUGCAUUACUUACAUGCUAUUUACAACCUAUCCAUGGCACUAAAAAAAGAUUCCCAGUUGAUCAAUUGAGUCUUUCUGGAGAAACACGUUAUGUGGAAGACAGUGGGUGUUUGUAUUUCAGUGAAUGCCCUUAGUAGUUUUAUUUUGUAUUUGUGCCUAUAUUUAAUUGUAUUUUACAUGGUAAAUGCUUCAUUAUUAUUUAUUAAUAACA